GGGCUAAAAUCUAAAAUCAAUCUCCUUUUUUCAUUCAAAUCAAAGCCCUCUUACAAACGGGGAACGAAACUGAGGAACAUCCGAAGGCAAAAAUGGAGUACCUGAGCUCGAUCUGCGACGGAGAGAUCCGUGUCCAACAACAGAUCAUAGAUUCUUUUGCUGCAUCGUUUCCUACUUCUCUUAAUUUCAUCAAAGCCCUGGCACUGGACACCGCCCAAAAUCACGCUAAACUCGCAAAGAUGAAAGCUAAUUUGAGAGAAGCUGAGAAUGAGCUUGUCAAAGUUUUAGCAGCAAAGACACAUAAAGAGGCAAAGCAGAUGGAUACGAGGGACUCAAUUUCUGCUAUAAAAGCUAGAGUAGAAAAACUUAAAAGAAGCGUCCAAGUACAAAGAGCAAGGAGAGAUGAGUAUGGAUCAAUUAUAUCUCAAGAAUCUCUAGCUUUGGCAAAAAUUGAAGAGAAGGUGAAACAUGCAAAUGAAGAAAAUGGAGAAAUACAUGAAGCCAUAUCAUGGUACAACAAGGUUCUUGGUUUUAAGAUUGAAAGUGGUCAUGGGGUGAAGUUCACAUUCAAUUAUAUGAAUAUGGAAAAUCCAAAGCAAGAAUAUUCUUUUACCAUUCGACAUGCAGAUGAUGCCUACUCCUUGUUGGAUUGUGAUCCACCCUUGAAUGGAAUCAAAGAAUUGAUUAAUGAGUUGAACAGAACAAAUGGCUUGUUCAAAUUUGUCAGAAUCAUGAGAGAAAAGUUUCAAGAAGCAGCAGCAGUUGGAUUGCAGCCCCAAUCCACAAGUUUUCAUCAGGGCUCUUCUGCAAUCUCUAUGUCUGGUCCAGCUUUGUCAGUUUCAACUGAUAGAAGCGAAUCUUCUACCAAGGAAAAUGAGCAUUACAUGCCACUUCAAGAAGUAAACAAGCCAGUCGAGGAAGUGAACCGCAGACGUAAAUCUUCAGCAAAGACAAAUGAAAACAAAAUUUAUGAUGGAAGCUUCAGUAGACAGACCAGGAAGCCAAAUCAGAUCUUUAAUUGUCGGUCCCCUCUGCUUGAGGCAAAGAAAUGAAGUUAAACAACGGCUGCUACGGGGCAUCAGAUGUACCGUCGUUCUUCACCGAUUUUAACGUUACAGCUGAUAUUUAACAUCUUACUAGCUUGUGCUGCAGUUGGCAUUCAAGGCACGGUAACCAUUCAAGCAUCUUCCUUUGUUGUCGCAAUAUAAAAUGAUU